AUGGCUUCUAUCGCUCUUUACCUUAUUCAUUGGGCUAUCAGUGUUGCUGCCACAGCUCAUCCUAGCCACCAGCCAUGGCUUGCCCCCCCUUCCAGCAAAUCACCUGUGGAAUACGACUACUUCCAUUCUGCCCCGGUUGUUGAUGUUCGCGAGACUCAGCUCCUCCGCGUGCACGAUGUAGACUACCUCAACUCCCACUGGGUCGCCCAUUGGAUUACCACCAAGUCAAACCUCGACCUCGUCUUGGUCUCGUUUGUAAGCUUGCGUGCCAAGGAGGAUGAUCCUGAGGGGUCCAACCACUACGGGGGCUCAAUUUAUGAGUUCGAGUCUGGCUUUUUCUCGAAAUACGUCGCACUUGGAGAAACCGCAUCAUUCGACCCCAAUGUUCUGAAUAUCCAGUUUAAGGACCAGUACCAAUGGUUUUCAAACUCGCCGGAUAGCUUCUCUUCCAUUACAACAAUUGGAAACUGGGAUAACCACGGAUGGAAUAUUACCUUCGAGCCCCGCGGACCAAAUCUAUACGACGGAGGUAGCGCCGCGUUCUUCUGGGGGUCGGAUUACAAUCGCGAGUGGGCUGCGCCGAAUGCAUUCACAACUGGAACAGUGACCAUCAACGGCUCUAGACACGAGAUCGACCCUACUCGCUCCACGGCGUGGUAUGAUCGUCAGUGGGGUGUAGGACUUGCCAUAAACGGCUGGUAUUGGUUUCCUUUACAGCUGGUCGAUGGCACACGCAUCUGUGUUUGGGCGCUUAACCCUGUUGGGAAUUAUCACAAAUCAUUUGGGACAGUGCUAAAACCUGACGGAAGUCAUGAAGUUGUGACAAUGCUUCCAGACAUCCAUCCUGAGAACUCGUGGGUCUCUAAGGAGACUAAUAUUACAUACUACGCCUCAUUUACACUUUCCUUUCCUGAGAAAGGUACCCUGCGAAUUGUUAUACCCCAGGGAAAGGAAAGGCAAUAUGGCGAGUUUGGCGCUCAGGAUAAAAGUGCAACAGUCUACGAGGCUUAUGCCGAAGUUAAUGGAGUAUGGGAAGGCAAGAGCGUUCGCGGCUGGGGCCUCUCGGAGCAGAAGCCAUUCUAUGCCUGA